AUGGAGCUCAACAGCGCGGAAGAGAAGCAGCCGCAGCAGCCGUGCAGGCUGCCGUCCAAGAAGAGGAGCGGCGGCAAGCAGGGUAGCGACAUGGGCGUGCGCGGCGGCGGCAAGGCCGGGCGGCCGUCCUUCUCGGGGCGGUGCGCGCGGCUGGUCAAGGAGCAGCGCGCGCGGUUCUACAUCAUGCGCCGCUGCGUCACCAUGCUCGUGUGCUGGCGCGAGUACGCCUGA